AUAUAUAAAGAUUAUAUGAAAUGAAAUUGUGAGGGGAGAAACGAAGAAACCAACGAUAUUUGGGAAGGAGAUUCCGCUAAUGGUGCAGAUCAAAACCAGAGGGAUUGGUCGUCUUGUGUUUUCGUCGAGGAUUUUGGAAUGGGGCACCAAAUCCCAAUCCCAAUCCAAUCCCCACCGUAGUUCCCUUUGCCUCAACCACGGUGGCCACUCAUGGAUUAUCACGCCCACGGACACCACCCUUCUUCUGAUCCCGCCACCCCAACCACCCCAAGACCCACCCUCUUCCUCUCCGCUUCCGGCAAGGCUCUUGUUGUUUCCAACUCCAACAAAAACCUCGUCAUUUCCAAUUCUGGAAAACGCCUCGAUAACAUCAAUAGCAAGAAAAAAUAUGUCAAACAGGUCACCGGUCGUCACAAUGACACCGAGCUUCACCUCGCCGCCCAACGCGGCGAUGCCGCCGCUGUUAGGCAAAUUCUCGCCGAGAUUGAUGAUCAAAUGACCGGGACCCUAAGUGGAGCCGAGUUUGAUGCUGAGGUUGCGGAUAUAAGGUCUGCUAUCGUCAAUGAGGUCAAUGAGUUGGGUGAAACUGCUCUGUUUACCGCCGCUGAUAAAGGUCGGUUCGAUGUCGUCAAAGAGCUUCUUCCUUAUACCUCCAGAGAGGCGCUUUCUUUCAAAAACCGCUCUGGCUUUGAUGCCUUGCACAUUGCAGCAAACCAAGGUUACAAAGAUAUUGUGCAGUUGCUGCUAGACUAUGAUCCUGGGCUAAUCAAGACAGUUGCACAGUCAAAUGCAACCCCUCUUAUAUCUGCGGCGACAAGAGGGUAUGCAGAUGUUGUUGAACUUUUACUAUCAUGUGAUCCUAGUCAGUUGGAGAUAGCUAGAUCCAAUGGAAAGAAUGCACUCCAUUUAGCUGCGCGUCAAGGUUAUGUUGAUGUCGUUAAGAUUUUGCUAGGGAAGGACCCGCAGCUUGCUCGAAGGACUGAUAAGAAAGGACAAACUCCGCUUCAUAUGGCUGUCAAAGGGGUUAACUGUCAAGUGGUGAAGUUGCUUCUCGCUGCUGACGCUGCAAGUGUCAUGCUUCCUGACAAGUUUGGCAACACUGCAUUGCAUGUAGCCACCAGGAAGAAGAGGGUAGAGAUAGUGAAUGAGUUGUUGCUUCAUCCUGACACCAAUGUGAAUUCCCUCACAAGAGAGACCAAAACAGCUCUUGAUUUUGCUGAAGCACUUCCAAUAUCUGAGGAAAUUUUGGAGAUAAAGGAUUCCCUUAUUCGUUACGGUGCAGUUAAAGCCAAUGAUCUCAACCAGCCAAGGGACGAGUUACGGAAAACCAUGACACAGAUUAAGAAGGACGUUUCUUUGCAGCUUGAACAAACUCGAAAAACAAACAAAAAUGUGAAUGGUAUUGCCAAGGAACUACGCAAGUUGCACAGAGUAGGAAUCAACAAUGCCACCAACUCUGUAACUGUGGUUUCUGUGCUAUUUGCAACAGUUGCAUUUGCGGCACUUUUCACAGUCCCCGGCGGGGAUGAUUCUCAUGGGAAGGCUGUGAUGGUGCACACUGCAUCUUUCAAGACCUUUUUCAUCUCUAAUGCCAUUGCACUUUUCACUUCAUUGGCCGUGGUGGUGGUUCAAAUAACAGUUGUUAGAGGGGAGAUAAAGUCCGAGAGGAGGGUUGUGGAGGUGAUCAAUAAAAUGAUGUGGUUAGCCUCCGUCUGCACCUCGGUUUCCUUCAUUGCAGCAUCUUAUAUAGUAGUUGGUCGGCGCAGCCGAUGGGCUGCAAUCCUUGUCACUGUUGUAGGGGCAAUUGUAAUGGGUGGUGUUCUUGGUACAAUGACAUACUAUGUUGUCAAAUCCAAACGCCAUCGAAGAGUGAAGAAGAAAGAGAAGAUCUCAAGGAAUGGGACAUAUUCAUGGCAUCUUUCUGAUUCUGAAUCCGAAGUAAAUCCAAUUUAUGCUAUUUAAUACAUACAAUAGGAAAAAAAAGAUGGCUUUUAUGGAUGUAAAUGGCUUCUUGGUAGUGUUUAAAACUGAAAGACCUAAGAGAGCCAAAUCGGUCAGUUGCAUUUUCUUAAAAGGUGUAGUCAAAAGCGGUCGAAAGCACCAUAAGAGGAAACAACUAGCUCGUGUUGGUGGAGAAGAAAUCCGCUGCGAGGUCCACAUCCUUGAUCUCUUAGCUAACUCCUAUGUUGUUUAGGCAAGGAACACACCUUUAGCACCUUCUGAAACCUACACUAUGGCAAUUUUAAUUGUUGAUUGCUGAGAAAAUAGUCCAAAAGGACAAUCAUCAAACAUUUCAAAUUAAUAACUAUGAUGUUAAAGAACAUAAAAUAAUCAUAUUGUUCAUAAGAUAAAUAGGUAUGAGAUAGAGAAUUUUGUAAGCAGACAGAAUUUAAGAAAGUUGGCCGCAAGGCUUAAGGUCGCUUCUUAGGAAUUAAGGGAUGCGAGAUGAUUCAAAUUAUCAUUUAUAUCAAUGUAAAGAUGAAAGUUGAAUCAUAUAAUGAUUGCAUGAUACACUAUUGGAGUA